AUGGAUUCUAAGCCGGAAGAAGAAAAAAUUGUGCUAGAUAGUCGACUGCAAAAUAUUUUAAACUGUUUAUCCAGGUGCAAAAUUGAUUUUACCAAUGAAAAUGAAGAGUGCAGGAAAUUACGAGAAGCUAAUUUGAAGUUGGAAGUUGAGUUAAAAGAGGUUCGAGAGAUGGAGAAGUCCCAUCGCUAUCACUUAUUGACGUCACGGGAAAUGAUAGGGAACCUUCAGGAGACCGUUUCACAGCUUGUUUACUUAAAAAGGGACAUUAAAAAGUUGAAAGAACAAUUAUCUGUGAAAGAAAGUAAUAUUGCAGAUGUUGAAAAGGACAAAGAGAAUGUAAUACAAAAACAGAACGACAAUGUAAUGAAACUGCGAAGUGCUUAUGAAAAACAAAUUGAAGAGAUGAAGUCUGAUAAUAAAAGGGAAAGUGGCUCAGACACAGAAGUUAAAAAUACUGGCUCUGUUCCGGAGCACUAUUUAGUGCAACUUCAAGAGGAGUUAGCUCGGGAGACGGCGAGGACGGACCUUAAUAUUGACGCGUAUAGACGACGACUGGAAGAACUCGAGGAGAAACUAAAACAAAGUCAGUUCAAGCAAUAUUUGCAGAACAGUUACCCUUCGCAGUAUGAAAAUCACGUUGAAAGACCCUACUCCGCAAAUAGGGAGCCCUAUACAGAAUAUCAUAGUAUAGAUUCGGAUCCAGUACAUGAUAUGCCUACGAACAAGUUUGCUAUGCCUUCACAAAAUAAGGCCCCGAAGCCAAAUAGUCUGCAAGUAAUUUAUUACGAUAAGAACGUUGCAGACACUCCUAAACCAAAAAGUUCGGAGAAAAAAGGCCUUUUUCAUAUAACCAAGAAAAGGAAACUUUACAACGACAAAGACUUCCAGGAUUUUUAAUUUGUUAUUG